ACCCACCAUUACCCACUCUCGACUCUCCAUUUCACAGUCAAACACCAGAGAUUUGUUACAAUGGCUGCCACCGGAGAAGCUCAGCCUGCAAAACACCAAGAAGUUGGCCACAAGAGCCUCCUUCAAAGCGAUGCACUUUACCAAUACAUUCUCGAAACCAGUGUUUACCCCAGAGAGCCAGAAUCCAUGAAAGAGCUACGAGAGGUCACUGCUAGACACCCUUGGAAUCUUAUGACGACAUCUGCUGACGAAGGACAGUUUUUGAACUUACUUCUCAAGCUCAUAAAUGCUAAGAACACAAUGGAGAUCGGUGUUUACACCGGUUAUUCUCUUCUUUCUACUGCUCUUGCUCUUCCAGAAGAUGGAAAGAUAUUGGCUUUGGACAUAAACCGUGAAAAUUACGAAAUUGGCCUUCCAAUUAUCGAGAAAGCCGGUGUUGCUCACAAGAUUGACUUUAGAGAAGGCCCUGCCCUUCCUCUUCUUGACCAAAUGGUUGACGACGUAAAAUUCCAUGGAUCAUUUGAUUUUAUUUUUGUGGAUGCUGAUAAAGACAACUAUCUUAACUACCACAAAAGAUUAAUUGAUCUUGUGAAAAUUGGAGGAGUGAUUGGCUACGAUAACACCCUUUGGAAUGGGUCUUUGGUGGCACCUGCUGAUGCUCCACUGCGAAAGUAUGUUAGAUAUUAUAGAGACUUCGUAUUAGAGCUGAAUAAAGCGUUGGCUGUUGAUCCAAGAGUAGAGAUAUGUCAGCUUCCGGUGGGUGAUGGAAUCACUCUAUGUCGCCGUAUAAGCUAAACACAAAUCAUGGACAACCGAAAUAAACAAUUAAUAUUUAUCUUUCAUACCUUGAAAACUUGUAAAUGAAUCAUAUUUUUCAUUGAUUUCUUCUAUGUAAUGCUACAAUUUGCAUUGAUCAUUGAUGCUUUAAAUUAUAUUGCGGCGAAAGUUUAUUAAGCCGAUAUGUGCGAAAGGUUAUUUUUGAAUGAACAAACUAAUGAAAAACAUUAAAAGGUUAUUUUUCUAUUGAAUGGGACCAUUUUUGUAAUUAUACUACUACACGUGGACCGUUUAUGUAGUUUUAUUUUAAAAUAUUACAUAUGGACCAUUUCUAUAAGUUUACUAUUACACAUGCAUUCUUUCGGUAAAUUUUAUGUUUCCUGCUAUUACAUAUGGAACUUGACAAGUUCUGUAAUAAUACUAUUACAUUGGGAUUAAAGCAUAGGGACCAUUUCUGCCAUUCUUGCAUUUUACCAACACAGGGAUCAUUUAUGUAUUUUUACUGUUA